AACCUCCAAACCUCCGGGAAACACCCCCAAAACUGCAAGAGGAUCCACUCGGGAGGAAAUCGGCUCUGUCUGCUCACUCACUCACUCGAUCACGAAACUAAGCGGCCGAGCUCCGUGCCCCGGCGGAACCGGCGCGCCGCGGCCGCGUUUCCGAGGGGCGCCGGGUGCCGCCGCGACGCGCCGGUGCGCCACUGUUCCCCUUCCCCCGCGCGCAACAUGGCGGCGCCCAGCCCGCUCCUGGCCUGGUGCGUCCAGCACCUGCGCGGCGACUUCGGGCUGGACGUGAGCGAGGAGGUCGUGCGGUACAUCUUGUCGAUAACGAACGAGGAUGAGAUCCGGGAGUACGUCAUUGACCUCAUUCAGGGGACCGACGGGAAGAAGAGUCGGUUCGUAGAAGAACUGCUGGCCAGGUGGCGGAAAUCCUCUCAGCUGCCUGCGGAGCCUUUACCGGCGUAUCGGAAAAAGGAUGAGACUUCAGAAGUGCCUCGGGCUGGAGACCAGGCGAAAAAGGGUAAACGCAAAGGAAGGAACAAACAGGAAACACCUGCGUAUGCUGAGCCAAGUAUACAUGUAGAGGAAGUAAAAACCCCCCUUGACCUGGCCAAGGCACAGGAGACCGGCAGUGGAGUCAACAGCAGUAGUAAUUCCUCCAAGAAGAAGGCCAAAUAUGUUAACCUGUAUACCAAGGAAGGACAAGACAAGCUGGCUGUCCUGAUCCCUGGGCGUCACACCUGCGAGUGCCUGGGCCAGAAGCACAAGCUCAUCAACAACUGUUUGGUUUGUGGGCGCAUUGUCUGCGAGCAGGAGGGCUCAGGACCCUGCCUGUUCUGUGGGGCGCUGGUGUGCACUAAAGAAGAGCAGGACAUUCUUCAGAGGGACUCAAACAAGAGCCAGAAGUUGCUGAAGAAGCUCAUGGCAGGUGCUGAAAGUUCAGGGAAUUUGGAAGCUAUAAGCAAGGACUUACUGCCUCGACAAGAAGCUAGACUCAAAGCAGGCCUGGAGAUGGCUGUGAAACACAAAGACAAGUUGUUGGAAUUUGACAGGACAAGUGUGCGUCGGACCCAGGUCAUCGACGACGAAUCGGAUUACUUUGCUACGGACUCCAACCAGUGGCUUUCCAAGCAGGAAAGGGAGGCCCUCCAGAAGAGAGAGCAGGAACUGCGGGAACUGCGUCAUGCCUCUCGGCUUGCCAAAAAAAUCACCAUAGACUUUGCUGGUAGGCAGAUCCUGGAGGAGGACAACAGCAUGGCUGAAUACCACAACAAACUGGAUGAAACCAUUGAAGCCAUUAAUUGUGGCACGCUGGGCAAGCCAGUUGGGAGCCCAGAAGCCAAGACGACUAUGAGUUCUGGUGUUUUAGUGAACCCCCAUCUUCUUCAGCCUGCGCCUUUGUGGGUGGACCAAACUGGUUCGCUCCCACACAGGAAAGCCAUCCAUUCUGUGGACACUGGAAAUGAGCCUGGCUCAGAGAGGAACAGGUUGCGGAUUCAGGAUCGAGAGUUACAGGAAAUCUCAGACGAUGGUUGGUGCCUCAGCAUGCACCAGCCUUGGGCUUCCUUGCUUAUAAGAGGAAUCAAAAGGGUGGAGGGCAGGACCUGGUACACAUCUCAUAGAGGGAGGUUAUGGAUAGCAGCUACUGCUAAACGACCUUCCCCUCAGGAAAUCUCUGAACUGGAGGCCACCUACAGAAUGCUGCUCCGGAAAGAUGUGGAAUUCCCAAGUGAUUAUCCCUCUGGGUGCCUCCUAGGCUGUGUGGAUAUGACUGACUGCUUGUCACAAGAGCAAUUUAAUGAGCAGUAUCCGGAGUUGAGCCAGGAGUCUGGGUCUCCAUUUGUCUUCAUCUGCACUAAUCCCCAGGAGAUGAUUGUGAAGUUUCCCAUCAAAGGCAAACACAAAAUCUGGAAACUGGAUUCAAAGAUCCAUCAAGGAGCCAAGAAGGGGUUAAUGAAGCAGAAAGCGAUGGUGUGAGCCGUGGGGGAGCGGCGCCACGUUCCCACGCAGCUCGGGAUCUCGCCACCGCUGCUCUCGCUGGGACGCCUGGAGGUGCCAGGAUGGUGCACGGCUCUCUGGAAAGCAGGUGCUCGUGGGAAGAGGGAUCCAAAAGUGCUGUUAGAAAAGCCGAUACUGUUGUACGCAUUGGAUUCAAAAGUCAUUAAAAGGAGAAAUGUUUUCA